CAACACCUAUCGAUAUGUGCACCCUACGUUGACCUGGCAACCCUGCGGCAGCUACCAUUUUGCAAAAGAUUUUGCUCAACACGUGUUCGCCGCUGGUUUUGUGUGGAAUUAAUAUUAAAUAUUACCUACCAUGGCUGAGGAAUCAUUCUACGGAGUCACUCUGACCGCCGAGAGCGACAGCGUCACGUGGGAUGUGGACGAGGACUACGCACGCGGCCAGAAGCUGGUCAUCAAACAGAUCCUCCUGGGCGCCGAGGCCAAGGAGAACGAGUUCAACGUGGUCGAGGUGAACACACCCAAGGACUCCGUGCAAAUUCCCAUCGCCGUGUUGAAGGCUGGAGAGACCCGCGCCGUUAAUCCCGACGUGGAGUUCUACGAGUCGAAGGUGACGUUCAAGCUGAUCAAGGGCAGCGGACCCGUCUACAUCCACGGGCACAACAUCAAGGACGAUGUGGAGGUGGUCGACAUGGAGGAGGAUGACGACGAGGACGAUGUGGCCGAGGAUGAGGAGGACGAGCACCCAAAGAAGCGCGCCAAGAUCGAAAACGCCGCCGAUGGUAAAAAUGCCAAGAACAACAAGAAGAAGUAAACUGCUGACCGCCAAUCAUCCAUCGAGGUUUAAGCUAUGAACGUGUAGAUUUUAAAGCAAAAACAGUUUUAGGCCCUAUAUUACAAUACGAUGCAUACUGAGAAUACAAUCUAGUUCCUUUUGAACAGCUCCUUUUACAUUCAAUUCAAAGACAACGUUGUGUGCUCGGGUCGUGUUAUCCCAAGCGAAUGUUCUGUCGCUCAGCCAGGAGUUCCGCUCCCGUUGGGAGCAAAUCGAACUUCUUGGACUGAUCGGACACUAAUCGAACACACAGAUUUGUAUAUAUAUUAAAGUAUAACUAAAGCUAAGCCGGACUUCCUGUACGCGCCUCCUUCAUAUUUGCAGUAUGAAAAUAAACUGUCGUCGGAAUACAAACAA